GUACUAUGAUACUAAAUAGUAUGUCAAAAUAGUACGCGACCGUUAGAUGGCGUUGUACUUCAACCGCACUGUUUAGUAUGUUAGUAUGCGGUUUUGGACAUAGCCGUUGUCUCAGGUAUUAAUCCGCCCACAACGGUAGCGCAGGCAGCCAUGGCACAGGACGGCGUUAUUUUGCAAUUCAGUUUCGCCACAUUUGGUGACUCCAUGCUCCAGAAGAUGAACAUGCUCCGAAAGGACAGACGUUUUUGCGAUGUCAUUGUGCACAUCAAUGACACUGAGAUUCCUGGUCACAAAGUUGUGUUUGCUGCUGGCUCUCCUUUCCUCAGAGAUCAGUUUUUCCUUCAGGACUCGCACGAAGUUGUAAUAUCGACACUUCAGGACGCAGAAGUUGGACGGAGACUUCUUCUCUCUUGCUAUACAGGGACACUCGAGUUCCCGGAGCUGGAACUGGUCCACUAUCUGACUGUAGCCAGUUUCCUACAGAUGGGCCACAUUGUGGAGCAAUGCACAAAAGCUCUGAAUAAGUUUAUUAAGCCUCAGAAAGUUGAGGAUUCCCAUCGUUCUCAGCAGACUAACAUCACCACACAGCUGCGAGAGCCACAGCAUAUACAAACAGUCUUUGAUGAUGAUGAUGAUGAUGAAGAGGUGGACAAUGUGAUCGAAGACGAUAACGAUGAUGAUGUAAUCAUUGAACCAAGAUCACCUCCUAUGUUUCAGAGAAAAUGUCAAGGAGAAGAAAGUCCCAUCAACAUCAUUAAAGUCGAAUCAGUGGACGAUCGAAUGCAAAUAUCUCAAAAUUUACAGCCUGGUCCUGCCCGGUCCCCUGCUCUGUGCUCCCCAGAGCCCCAGCACUCGCUCAUUAACUCAACUGUAGAGACACGGCCUGCUGACGUGACCCCUAACGCCACUCUCGACUAUGCUCACUCCUCUCCUGGUCCCAGUGGCAUGGAAAAGGAGAACGUGUGGAGCUGCUCUCGGAAUGCUGACAAAGGCAUGCAGUGGUACCACCAGUGCCCAAAAUGUGCCCGUGUCUUCCGACAGCUGGAGAACUACGCCAACCACUUGAAGAUGCACAAGCUGUUUAUGUGCCUUCUCUGCGGCAAGACGUUCACACAGAAAGGGAACCUGCACCGGCACAUGCGCGUCCAUGCCGGAAUCAAGCCGUUCCAGUGCAAAAUUUGUGGCAAGACAUUCACGCAAAAGUGUUCGCUGCUUGAUCACUUGAACCUGCACAGCGGCGAUAAACCGCACCGCUGCAACUACUGUGAAAUGGUGUUCGCUCACAAACCUGUCCUGCGCAAACAUUUGAAGCAGAUCCAUGGCAAAAACAGUUUUGACAAUGCUAAUGAAGGUAGCAUGCUCGAAGGGUUUUAAAUCUACUACAGCUACUAAAGACUCGUCCUGUAUAUAUGGCAAGGCCCGGUAUGCACACACUAAUGGUUAACGUGUACCCAAUGUAUGAACUCUGUUACAUGUAUUAUUGUGUAGUUGGUCAUUGUACUGUAUUCAACAGCUGCUGUUUUGUAUUCAUUUUAAAUGAACGAUUAUCCUUCCUCUGAAGUACGGAUCAUGGAUAGGGUUGGGCCCUUAAUCCUCAACUGCUCACUCGUAUCCUUUCUCAAUUGGUUAAAAGCAUCAGCUUUUCUGUGCUGGGAGAUAACAACUAUCCUUUACAAAGUGUUUUUAGUGGGACCUCUGCAAAAUACGCAUGAAACCUCAGUCAUGAUUUUUGUGUUGUUUCCUUAACUGUCUUUUUCCAACCAUGUAAAUUCAUAAAUAGAAUAAUUUUCUAAUUCUA